UGCAGAGUACGCGGCGCGGCCCCUCGGCGCGGCCACUCUCGUCCUCCCAGCGCCGCUGGGACCUCCUUCUCUCGCGAGAGGCGCGUGGCGCGGAGCCGGCUGCUGCGGAGAAGCCGGGAGCGAGCCCUGGGCGGCAGUGUUUAGGUCUGCAGCCUUGCAGGAAUGGCAGAUUUUGGGAUCUCAGCUGGCCAGUUUGUAGCAGUGGUCUGGGAUAAGUCAUCCUCAGUGGAGGCUCUGAAGGAUCUGGUGGAUAAGCUUCAAGAGUUGACUGGCAAUGAGGGCCGAGUGUCUGUGGAAAACAUCAACCAACUGGUGCAGUCUGCCCACAAAGAAUCUAGCUUUGACAUUAUUUUGUCGGGUGUAAUUCCUGGAAGCACCACUCUGCACAAUGCUGAGAUUUUGGCUGAGAUGGCCCGGAUCCUUCGGCCUGGUGGCUGUCUAUUUUUGAAAGAGCCAGUAGAGACAGCUACAGUUAACAGUAGCAAAGUGAAGACGGCACCUAAGCUCUGUUCAACCCUGACUCUCUCUGGUCUUGUGGAAGUAAAAGAGCUGCAGCGUGAGUCCUUGAGCCCUGAGGAGAUUCAGUCUGUCCAGGAACACCUGGGUUACCACAGUAACAGCCUGCUGUCUGUGCAGAUCACAGGCAAAAAGCCCAACUUUGAAGUGGGUUCUUCUAGUCAACUUAAGCUUUCUGUUGCCAAGAAGUCUUCAGGGAAGCCUGCUGUGGACCCUGCAGCUGUCAAGCUCUGGACCCUCUCGGCCAAUGACAUGGAGGAUGAGAGCGUGGAUCUCAUUGACUCAGACGAACUGCUGGAUCCCGAAGAUUUGAAGAAGCCGGACCCAGCGUCCUUGCGGGCUGCUUCCUGUGGGGAAGGGAAAAAGCGGAAGGCCUGCAAGAACUGCACUUGUGGCCUCGCAGAAGAACUGGAAAAAGAGAAGUCAAGAGACCAGAUGAGCUCCCAACCCAAGUCUGCUUGUGGAAACUGCUACCUGGGCGAUGCUUUCCGCUGUGCCAGCUGCCCCUACCUUGGGAUGCCAGCCUUCAGACCUGGGGAGAAGGUGCUUCUGAGCAACAGCGGCCUCCACGACGCCUAGGAGGGGCCGGCCUGGGACCCGUGCCCUCGGCCGCUCCUGCCCCUGAACCCUACCACUGUGGUUCCCCCCAUCUCCUCUGGAUUUCCUCACUCUGUCUGACGUCCGUCUGUGGGGAGGGUGCUCAGUACAGAGUGGGGCCGGCUGGGGCCAGUGGUGUGCAGUGCUGCUUACAGAUCAAGACCACGGGGUCCUGGGGCCCCAUUACCUGGAGCAGGGACCCUCUUCACCCAGUGUUAGGCAGACAGAGCACGUCCAAAGAGGUCCCUCUCCUGCUGUCAAAAUACUGACCGUACACUCUCCAAGCCCAGUGCCCUUAAGUAUUAACUCUGUGACCGAGAGGGACUCGCCCCCAUUUGAGCUCCGCAGUAGUGCCACGGCUUACCUUCCAGAGUUGAUAGUUUAUUCACCCUGCCGUUCUGGUGACCUGAGGCAAUUGUCUUGUGACCUCUCAGCGCACCAAGGGAAUCACUCACUGGUUGCUGUGAUGAUAUCCGGUGUCCCUCUGCCCCCUCCCUCCUGCCCCCUCCCCACUUUUACUGUGUUGUAUGUGUCCUGUUGUCCUUUCUGUUCAUCUCCAGGUAUUAAACUUGUGUACUUAACUCAUA